AUGUCCCUAUUACGGACUGGGAGGCCACUUGGCCUUACUGUUACUUCCUUCAGAACUGGUCAAUUAGCCUGCCGGACCAAUGUUCGCUAUCUCGGCAAGACAGCUUCUCAAGAACAAUCGGAGGCGCCCAAAACAACCCCGGCUGAUGCACCCACAGCUGUAGCGAGAGGAAGCUCGAUGAUACGGAAAGAGACUCCAGCAGAAGCAAUGGCACGCCAUCAGCCAGAUUACAAUGCUACAGUUGACCACGGCACAUCGACAUUCUCUCCCGUUCCUAGACGUGUUAUGGAUGGCAGCGAACCGAUUGGUGCUGUCCCUGCGGCGGUGCUUUCAGGGGCUCCCACAGACCUUCAAGCGCGAACCGUCAGGAUUUUCCAACCUUCGAAACCAGCGACACAAUCUGGCACGUGGCACUCUCAUCAUUGGCGGAUGGACUGGGACAUCUUGCAGAAGGGCCAUCGCUGGGAGAAUCCAUUGAUGGGUUGGCAAUCGUCCGCUGAUGCCAUGCAGGGCACACAUAUCAACUUCAAGACGAAGGCGGAUGCGAUAGCUUUUGCUGAGAAGCAAGGCUAUGAAUAUUUUGUUCAGGAGCCAAAUCAGAGGGCAUUUUAUCCCAAAGCCUAUGCGAAUAACUUCUUGCACGAACCUAAGAAGCUCAAGCAUAUUAAAACGAAAUAG